AAGCCUAAGGGAGCUGCUUCUCAAUCCGGAAUGAAUGAUGAUUCUCAAGCAAAUAAGACAUUUGAUGGGAAUACACCCGAGAUAAAACUAAUUGAAAUUGGUGGCGGAAGAAAUUCUAAAAAAAACUUCUUUGAUGACAAAGGAUUCGUCUAUUCAAAAUCGAAUUCAUCUGAUACUACUUACUACUUCCGUUGCAAAAAUAAAAAACUGGAAAAUUGCAAAGCCCGGGUUGUUUGCAGAGGCAAAAAUUUAGAUGAAUGUGUUCUGAUGCAGCAACAUAGCCACGAUCCGAAGAUAUCAAGCUUAGAUAAGGUGAAAUUCAGCAAAAAGCUUGAAGAAAUUCAAUGCGAAAGUCCAUUUAAAAAAGGGCAAGAGGUCUAUAACGAAGCGAAAAAAGCAUUAAGAGGACAUGUGAAUAUGGACCACAUUCCUGAACGGGAACGAUUUGAUAGCUUUUUGCAUAGAAAACAAAAGAAGCACAUCCCAUUGCUUGCUAACACAAUAGAAGAAUUCGAGGCACUAAUUAAUGAUCCGAAGUACAGCCCACACUACAUGUAUGACGAGCGAAGAACAUUGUUUUAUCAUGGUGUGUGGCGCAAUUCCACUGGCGCAAAUGUUGUAUUUAUAUCUGAUACAGUCUUAGAAGCGAUUCGAAAAGAGAAAAAUAUAAAACUUCUAAUGGAUGGAACCUUUAAGGCUUUGCCACUUCACAUCAAAUUUAGGCAGCUCUACAUAAUUAGUGUCAUCAUCCAAGACAAAUCAUACCCACUGGCGUACAUUUUAAUGACAAAGCGUGAUACCAGUUCGUAUGAACUGAUUUUGACAAAACUUAAGGCAAUGUUUCCCUCUGUAAAUGUCGAAUGUUGCAUGUCGGACUACGAAGCUGCAACUCGAAAAGCCAUUCGUAUCGUAUUUCCAUCCGCAAGACUUGCUGGAUGUUACUUUCAUUACGUCCAGGCGAUAGUGAAAGCGUUUAAGAGAUUCGGAUUGAAGAACGAUGAAAAAUUUGAUAAUGUGCGGCAGCAAGUUUCCGUAUUGGCUCUGCUGCCAAACGAGUAUGUUUCGAUUGGAUUUGAAACUAUAUCGAAAAACUUCAAAAAAUCGAUAAGAUGGAACCGAUUUGCAGAGUAUUGGUUGAGACAAUGGGCUCCUGCCAAUAUAUCGGUGUAUGGAUUGAAAGAUCGAACGAAUAACUUCGCAGAGUCACUGAACAAAACAAUCAAUUCCAUUUUAAAGGCUUCACAUCCGCACAUUUGGUUAUUGAUAGAAAACCUGCGAAUGGUUGAAAUGAACAAAAGUGAUGAAUUGAAGAAAGUUGAAAAAGGUUACAUGAUAAAAGAAAAAGAGCCAAAAUUGACCGAAUUAAACAAAAAAAUUGAAAGAGCUACUGCCAAAUUCGAACAAACCAAAGACGUUAAGAGUUUCUUGAAAAAUGUUACAUUCAACGAAAAUAUGGAGUCGUAUUUUAAAGAAAGAAUUCCUAUUGGGGUGGAUGAUUCAGGUAUGAAUGUUGUUGAUGAUUAUGACGAUGAUGAUUUCGAUGAAACGAUAAUUGCGAACGAUUUCGAUGUGGUGUCUAAUUUCCGAGCCAAGUUUCCGCGAGCGGCGACUAAACGAAAGUCGAAUUGUAACGAGAAAAUUAGCAAAAAGCGAAAGCAAUAGUUCGAUAUUUUUAUAAAUAUUGAUUUCGAUUCUUAGA